AUGGAGAUCAAGAUCCCGCUCGUACCCGCAGUGGAGCGAUCCGAGUACGAAACGCCGCGCGAAAUACCCCAGAGACCGAAGAUGACGUCGAUCCAGUGUUGGAAGGCGAGUCAGGAUCAAGGUAUUCCUGACUGCCUACCUUUGGACAAAUCGCCGUCGGAGAUUCGACCGUUGGAUCUAGCGUCUGUCGCAAGUGAGGAGUCAGAUCUGUCGUCUAUCGUAGAUGGAGGCUCUAUAUCACAUGUCGUAACGGUCAAGGAGACGCUAGAAGUUCUCUAUCAAGUAACGCCAGACAUGGGGGCGACUAAUUCGUCGUUAGAAGAAACUACAAGUGCAGUAGAGGCACGAGAAGAAAUCAACCAUGCGCGUCGGAUCUGGACCUCACCUGGGCCUCAGAUUAAGAUUAAGAUUAUGAUGAAUGUGUAUACUACCCUGAAGGGAGUGAUCUUUACGCGGAAGAUGUCGACGAUGGCGGUACUGUCUGAAGUGCCCGUGACGACGGAAGAUGUGAAAAUCGAGGACAUUCAUCUAUGUGGAACUGAUAAUCAGACCCCAGAAAAAAUUGGUCGACUUCGUCAAAGGAUCUGGAAGUUCCGGCACCUCUUGAUCGGCAAAGGUAAUGCCCUGCCGCCGGCAACUCCAGAGGAAAUCGAGCGACUUCGCCAAAAGAUCAGGAAGUUCCGACAUUUCUUGAUCGGUAAGGGAAAUGCCCUUCCGCCGGCAGCAAGAGGCGUGGUGUGCGAUAUCAAUGUCGGGGGAGCGAGACCCAUCGCACACAAGUGCCGUAAGUUGCGGAUCCAGUUCAGGGAGAAGCUGGCAGACCUGAUCAAGGGUCUAUUGUCUGCCAAGAUGAUCAAUUAUUACAGAUCACCAUGGGCCUCCCCAAUCGUGGUGAUGCAACAAGAAGAACAGAGUGGAUAUCAGGUUGCUCAUCGAUUAUCGUCUAUCUCAACUGAUAAGCCUCGGAUCAAUGAUUUACUCGAAGAUCUGGAGUCGACGCUCUGGUACUGCUCGUUGAAUAUGGCGAGUAGAUUUUGGGUAGUGAAAAUGACGGAUCGUGCUCGUUUGAUCUCAGUUUUUGUCACUCCCUUUGGACUAUUUGAGUGGGAUCGAAUGCCUUUCGGCUUGAAGAAUGCGCCCCGGAUCUAUCAACGUACGAUCGAUAACGCGUUAUAUGGAUUCACCCGGGUCCCGAAGUCUGAAGAUCAUGGAAGCACUUUGGAUGUGUUUGAGGACGGGGAAUCGGUGGAUCCAGGCAAGCCAUCGGUGCUUGGGCGUAGAUCAUACAUCGAUGAUAUCCUGAUCCCGGCCAAUAACUGGGAUCAGCUAUGUGAUCGCGUUGAGGGUUUACUCGAAGCGUGCGAUUAG